CCAAUUUUUCUAGUUUUAGUUUUUAUCCACAAGCUUUGUUUUGUUAAGUUAUAAAAGUAAUUAAAUUAUAUUAAUUAUAUAUGUGUAACUUAUAAGCUAUAAACUCAUCACAACAACCACCACAAACAAACCUUGUUCAUCUUCCUCUUCUUUCUCACCUUUUGAUUUGUUCAAGACUGGCUUUUGAAGUUUUUGAGUUAUAUUAGUUCUAUUUCUUCUAAUAAGCCAAUGAUGAAGCCAUUGAAGAAUAUUGUGAAGGAGCUCAAGGAGAUUGGAGAAAGCAUUAGCAACAUGUAUAGAAACAACAACAACAACAACAACAACAAGCAUAGUGUUCAUCAUCAUCAUUAUAGGCAUGGAAAAUCACACAUUGCACCUGAAUGUUCAUCACCAAUAUCAUCACUAUCAUCAUCACCAUCACAAUCAUCAUUAUUAUCAGUAACAGUACCAGCAUGCUCUUCAGCCAUGGCAGCAAGAGAUCAGAGCAGGUGGGCUAACUUGCCACCUGAGUUGCUGUUAGACAUAAUCAAAAGGGUGGAAGGAAGUGAAACUUCAUGGCCUUCUAGAAGAGUGGUUGUGGCAUGUGCCUCAGUUUGCAGAACUUGGAGACAGAUAACAAAGGAUGUGGUUAAGACACCAGAACAGUGUGGUUGGAUCACUUUCCCUAUAUCACUCAAGCAGCCUGGUCCAAGAGACACUCCAAUACAGUGUUUUAUUAAGAGAGAAAGGGCCUCUUCAACAUAUUGUUUAUACCUUGGUCUCAGCCCUGCUCCUUCUGGUGAUAUGAGCAAACUACUACUGGCUGCAAAGAAGACUAGAAGGGCAACAUGUACCGAAUUCUUCAUAUCAUUGGUCGCGGACGAUUUCUCGCGAGCUAGCACUACUUACAUCGGAAAACUAAGGUCUAAUUUUCUUGGCACCAAGUUCAUGAUCUUGGAUGGUCAGCCUUCACUCGAUCCUUCUUUGCUUCAAUCGAAUUGCAAAUCGCAGCAAAGAGUACACCUGAAACAGGUUCUUCCAAGAGUUGCUGCUUCUUCUUCUUCUUCUUCUGCUAACUAUAAUGUAGCAACAGUCUCUUAUGAACUCAAUGUUCUGAGAACAAGAGGGCCGAGGCGAAUGCGAUGUGCAAUGCACUCAAUCCCUGUAUCAUCAAUCCAAGAAGGAGGAACUGCUCCAACUCCUUUAAAUUUCACCAAUUUCUUGAAUGAUCAUGAAUGUACUACUCUGUCUCUCUCCAAAGCGAAGAAGCCAGUAACUGAAACCGGGUCAGCUAGUACUCUCAGUACUCCAGAAUCAAGCCAUUGUGCAAGAGAACUUGUUUUGAAAAACAAGGCUCCUAGAUGGCAUGAGCAACUUCAAUGUUGGUGCUUGAAUUUCAAGGGCCGAGUCACAGUUGCGUCUGUUAAGAACUUUCAGCUUGUAGCAGCUGUAGAGCCUUCUCAAAAUGUUUCUACCGCGGAACAAGAGAAAGUGAUACUACAAUUUGGAAAGAUUGGGAAGGACAUAUUCACCAUGGAUUACCGGUAUCCCCUUUCGGCCUUUCAAGCCUUCGCAAUCUGUUUAAGCAGCUUCGACACCAAACCUGCUUGCGAAUGAUCACAAUGUAU